AUGAAUUCUAAUAAUAAGGUGGAUUGUGAAUAUCCAGAACAUUAUAUGCUUGAUAUCGAGGAGGUAUUUAUUAAUAAUAUAAUUCAGAAGAAACCAGCAUAGUAAUAGAAUUUUAUGCCCUUUUUACCAUAUGGAGUAAUAUCCAAUCUUGAGAACCAAGUUUAGAGAGUCAGAAGUUCAGCUGAAAUCAAAUAAGAAGAUAGAUAGAUGAUUAAGAAUGAUUCAUAGGCUUCUUUAAAAGAUGAUGUUUUGUGUCUAUAGAAUAUCAAAGGGAAUGUUAAGAAUGCUUAUAUAAAGAAAAUAAGUUCACUUCUGAAUGUAAGUAUGGAAGAGGAUAAAGAAAAACUACUUCCUUCAAAAAGAGUUAGAGAAAAUGUGUCUUCCAAUUCUUCGAAAUAAUUAGAUAAUGAGGAUCUAAAGAUGCAGAAGAAUAGGGAGAGUGCAAGAAAUUCUAGAUAAAGGAAGAAGUUAUAUAUUGGGUUAUUGGAGAAGAAAGUUGAGGAUUUAAAUGGACAAAUAGAGGGUCUCAGAUAAUAAACAGAAAUAACAUUCAAGCAUAUUCACAAUAUUAUAGAACAUAAUUAAUGUUUCAAAGGAAUGAUUAUAGAGCAAGCUCAAAUAUUUGAUUAAUUAUAAAGCAAAGACCCAGAGACUCCUGAAGGAUAGGAGAUGCAAGCUUUGCUUACUGAUUCAUAUAAGUUGAAAUUUAGUGCCACUGGUUCAAAAAGAAAGCAAUAUAUAAGAUAUUGUUUUUAAAAUGUUGCCCGUAUAUUGAUGGAUGGUAAUUAUGGAACUUUGCUUUUUGGAAGCAAUUGUCUCACUAAAAAUUGUAUAAUUUUUAAAAGAUUAAUUCAGUUCAACUAUUAGAAGAUGAAGAAUUAAAUGAGUAUGUCAAACAAUUUAAAGAAAUAACUGGAUGUAGCGAAGAGAAAAUGUAGAAUAUAAUUAUCCAUAUCGUGAGAAGGAUACUAGAACACAAGCGAUCUUUUUCUUAGUAAUAUAGAUGAUAUAUCUAUAGUCUAAUAAAAUAAAUGAAAUGUAAAUCCAAAGAUCUUAGAAUUUGUCAAUAACAAUUAGAUGAUUAAAUAGAUGAAAUGACAGCUCAAAUGACUCCUUAAUAAUUUACAUCUCUCCUUAUCAAUCUCAAUAAAGUAUUGUUUGCAAAUCAAUUUUAGGAUGAAAUAAAAGUUAAGGAGAACUAUCCAAAUACCAAACCAGAUAUCUCAGUCUAAUAGUAAUAACAACAAUAGUAAUAGCAGUAACUUCUGAACCAAUAUAAGUUUUUGCCUUAAAUAUCUCUUGAGUUAUUACUUAAUAAUAAGAAUACACCAUUCUUACUUCCUAAUAAUUUGAUGAUUGAUCCACUGUAAUUCAAUGAUUUAAUUUAAAAGAAGUUUUGUAAAUAAGCAUGA